AUGGAUCGUGAAGGUCACAAAAUUAGAGCAGGUAUUGCUGAAUAUAACGAGGAGACUAAACUCUGUACUCCCAUCGCCAUUCAAGGGGAAAUUAAGAUACAACCCAAUGAGGAAGAAGAAGAAUUAGGAUUCUAUGAUUUUGAAUGGCGCCCUCUGGAUAAAUUGGCAGGUAAAGACAUUGAACCUAUAAGCUUGAUUCUAAUCCCAGGUGAGACAAAUUGGGUCCCCAUAAAAUCUUCAAAGAAUGGGAGAAUCUUUGCACUUGUUUUCUCUUCAAAUCAAAGAUACUUCUUUUGGUUCCAGAAGAAGAACCCAGCUAAUAUGGCCUUAGAUGCCUUAAAUGAGGAGGAUCAGAAAUUUUGUGACGCAAUGAAUGCUAUACUGCAUGAUAACCUCGAUGAAAGUGAGGAGGAGAAUGAGAAUCAAGAAAAACCAACCCUUAUCGAAGAUAGCGGUGAUAUCAAUAUGGAUUAA